AUGGAAGUCAGUCAAGCUACUGCGGUUGAAAUGACCCCCUGGCCUGCUGUCAUUGAAGCAUUGAAGCAGUAGUCUUUUCCGAGACUACGUUUCUCUCCCCUUGGUAUUCUCCAUGCCAACAUUGUGUUGUUGUGGCUGCUUGGCUUUCAGAACACGGCAGACUGUGUCGCGGAGAUGGAACGUUAACAGCAACAUUAGAUAAAUCAAUAGGUUGAAUAGCGCUGUGAGGACCCAGGCAUUCACAGGGGAGGUGAGGCAGACAGACUUGCAGACAGACAUACGGACUCACACACACACAGGCAGGCAGUCACUGUGUUAUGCCUGCUGGGUCAUCAGGAAAAAUACAGACUACCUGACAUGAAUGCUUGCCUAGAUUCAUCACUGGGGGAACUGUGGAAGCUGUGUGUGUGUGCGCGCGCAUGUUUUGUUUGUUUUUAUGUAUUAUCAUGGCUGCCUUGAGGGUGCUCUCUGUUAAUCCAAGUUGAUGCCAUAAACCUGAUUACCAUCCUAUGCGGUGAAUGAGUCUGCCUGUAAUGCUAUGGCGCUCUUAUUGGCUGUCUGCUUUUCAACUGUGUACCACUAGGGUGCCUGUGUGUGGUUGUCUGUGUGGCCCAUCAGACUGACGCAUUAUUUCAGUGCAUUACUGAAGCCAUCUGUCCUCUUCAUUGGUAUCCCUGUCUGUGUGACACAUCUCUUUUCCACAAAACUGUUGGCUGCUCUUUGAUGUUAACACUGUCCUUUGUACUCAUAUUCUAUGAUAUGAUAUUGUUUUGUCCCAGCUCGGUAAAGAUGCUUGUAUUAAUCGGCGUGCGUCUGUGUAUGUUUGCGUGCGUGCGUUCGUGCUUCAAUAACUACAAAUAGAAUCAUAUUGGGCUGUGUAUUCGGCCCAUCUAAUAGAGUGUAACACACUUGACAUUUAUUGCCUGCAGCUUUUAAUGAAGAGAAUAUUCAUAUUAGAGUUGUUAUGGGAGGGCAGAAGGCCAGACAGGCAGUUAGUGGUCCCAUUCUGCUGAUGUGAGCCUAGCCAAUCCCUGGGAGGCAGAUCACAGGGUGUCUGUGUUGCCAGACUGACACGUAAAGGAGGCACAUCACUAGUUGCGGCUCAAAUAGCGCCCUAUUCCCUAUAUAGUGCCCAACUUUUGACCAGGCUCCAAUGGUUUCUGGUCAAAAGUAGUGCACUUUGUAGGGAACAGGGAGUCAUUUGGGAGGCAGCCAGCGUCUCAGGUCUCUCUGGGGAUCAGGAGGAUGACGGGCGGCGAGUCCCGGCGCUUUGGUCUUCCUGCUUGUAAUUCAUUAAAGAUUACAGCCCCUUCUCCUCCUCCAUUGAACAAAGUGUCAAAACAAUGAGAUUUGGCCUUUGAUUGUUCUCAUUGGCCCACUGAGUUUACAAUCUGCCCGACAGUACAGCUAGAUUAAUCAUUUGAGUCUUUAAACGCCCACAGGCCACACCAGAAGAAAUCCACUUUUUUGAGCUGAAAGACGAUGGAUGACCUGUGAUGUUGCACAACGAUUUAAGUAAUAAGUCAUAGUUUUAGUCAAAGUGUGAUAUACAGUGCAUUCGGAAAGUAUUCAGAACCCUUGACUUUUUCCACAUUUUGUUAUGUUACAGCCUUAUUCUAAAAUGGAUUCAAUAGUUUUUUUCCCCUCAUCAAUCUACACACAAUACCCCAUAAUGACAAAGCAAAAAACGUUUUUUUUUGUAUGUGUGCAAAUUUAUACAAAUAAAUGAACAAAUAAAUAUCACAUUUACAUAAGUAUUCAGACCCUUUACUCAGUACUUUCUUGAAGCACCUUUGGAAGCGAUUACAGCCUCAAGUCUUCUUGGGUAUGACGCUACAAGCUUGGCAUACCUGUAUUUGGGGAGUUUCUCCCAUUCUUCUCGGCAGAUCCUCUCAAGCUCUGUCAGGUUGGAUGGGGAGCGUCGCUGCACAGGUAUUUUCAGGUCUCUCCAGAGAUGUUCGAUCGGGUUCAAGUCCGGGCUCAUGCUGGGCCACUCAAGGACAUUCAGAGACUUGUCCCGAAGCCACUCCUGCGUUGUCUUGGUUGUGUGCUUAGGGUCGUUGUCCUGUUGGAAAGUGAACCUGAGCUCUCUUGAGGAGGUUUUCAUCAAGGAGCUCUCUGUACUUUGCUCCGUUCAUCUUUCCCUCGAUCCUGAUUAGUCUCCCAGUCCCUGCCACUGAAAAACAUCCCCACAGCAUGAUGCUGCCACCACCAUGCUUCACCAUAAGGAUGGUGCCAGGUUUUCUCCAGACGUGGCGCUUGGCAUUCAGGCCAAAGAGUUCAAUCUUGGUUUCAUCAGUCCAGAGAAUCUUGUUUCUCAUUGUCUGAGAGUCCUUGAAGUGCCUUUUAGCAAAAUCCAAGCGGGCUGUCGUGCCUUUUACUUCCGUCUGCCCACUCUACCAUAAAGGCCUUAUUGGUGGAGUGCUGCAGAGAUGGUUGACCUUCUGGAAGGUUCUCCCAUCUCCAUAGUGGAACUCUGGAGCUCGGUCAGUGACCAUUGGGUUCUUGGUCACCUCCCUGACCAAGGCCCUUCUCCCUCGAUUGCUCAGUUUGUUCGGGUGGCCAGCUCUAGGAAGAGUGUUGGUGGUUCCAAACUUCUUCCAUUUAAGAAUGAUGGAGGCCAUUGUGUUCUUGGGGACCUUGUUUGUUUUGGUACCCUUUGACCUCAUGGCUUGGUUUUUGCUCUGACAUGCACUGUCAACUGUGAGUCCCGUGUGGCUCAGUUGGUAGAGCAUGGCGCUUGAAACGCCAGAGUUGUGGGUUCGAUUCCCACGGGGGACCAGUUAAAAAUGGAAUGAAAAAUGUAUGCAUUCACCACUGUAAAUCUGCUAAAUGACGUAAAUGUAAAUAGACGUGUGUGCCUUUCCAAAUCAUGUCCAAUCAAUUCAAUUUACCACAGGUGGACUACAAUCAAGUUGUAGAAACAUCUCAAGGAUGAUCAAUAGAAACAGGAUUCACCUGAACUCAAUUUAAUUUAUUAAUUUCUAAAAACCUGUUUUCGUUUUGUCAUUAUGGGGUAUUGUGUAUAGAUCGAUGAGGAUUUUUAUUUAUUUAAUCAAUUUUAGAAUAAGGCUGUAAAGUAACAAAGUGGAAAAAGUCAAGGGGUCUGAAUACUUGCCGAAUGUACUGUAUUUGGGCUUGAAGUGACACAUCCAAACUGCCCACUUCGUGCAAUUCCUUGUGAAUGCGGUGUCUUUUCUUAUUAAAUUAUUUUCAGCCUAUGUUUCGCUGGGUUUUAUUUUAAUGUUACCACCCACCCGUAUGGCAUUGUUUAUUAUUCAGAAAUAGCUGCAAAGUUAUUCCUCUUUGCGACUGAGAUGAGCCAAACAGCCUUGUGCCGCCUGAGCAAUGCAGGAAAUUAAAACAGUGGGUGCAAACAUAUGUUUUUGCACCUCCAGCUUUUUUAAAACCAGAAAACGAUCAUAAUCCAUUAGAUAAUUUGUCAAUUUUCACUUAUUUUUGAGUUUGUCUGUAUUCAAAAUGUAUGUCUGACCAUUUUAGAAAUUGUAUUUUUGCAUGAUAUGAUAGCAUUUUGCAAACCCACUACCCCCGUCGCCCCAAGAUGAAUGGUUUUGACGACUAAAGUUUUGCCUCACUACAUGCUCCACUGCUUUGAUUGGUGUAACAUUAGCUAGAAACCACAAGCAUUUCGCUACACCCACAAUAACAUCUGCUAAAUAUGUGUAUGUGACCAAUAAAAUUUGAUUUGAAGUAUCUAUCCAGAUAACGAAAAGGCACUCGUGAAAGAACAUUAAAGGAAAUUAUAGUUACAUGUCAUUUGUGGCGUGCUUGAUCAUGAGCAAAGUCAUUGUAGCCUAUCAAUCAGCCCGUGCUCAUGGUUCCCUGUGAGAACCAUGAGCACGGGCUGAUUGGCUUUGCUGUACCGCAGCCAAAGCCUGCCAGCAGCCUACCGACUACCAAAGGUUGCACCAUGUCCAUUACAAUGUAGAAAAACGUUCAAUAGUUAUCCAUAUUAUCUGAGCUUCAUCUUAUUCUUUCUAACCCUUUCUAUGGUGGAUUCGCGGCCGCAAUUUAUGGAAGAUGCCAAAACUUUGGAGAUGGAUGGCGAAAUCAAAGAUAGGCCAGUGGUUUCCAUCUGUGAGGAAGUUUUCCCUAAAUCAAUGCUUAUGACAAAUCCAACUCCAAAACCAGCCAUAGCUGGCUAAUCUUUAUAAUACGGUAUAGGCCUAGAAUAGAAAAAAAAAUGGCAACAGAACAUUAGCUAGCUAGAUAAGGUUAGCAUGCUAGCUAGCUACACUGACAGCGGUCAGUGCCCUAUUUGCUGAUGUUUAUCAACUCCACGUGGAAAUUGUAUAAGUAUCCUUCGUCAUUCUUCAAAGGUGAACCUUAACAUGCAUUUCCUCUCUAGGAUGGAAAAUGACGUUGAAAUAGUGAUGUCAACUUUCUCUGGGGGGGUCCUUUCAUAUUAGCAGAUUCUAUAAUAAUUUAGUCACAUUAUUCAUAAUUAGGAGGUAGGCAUUAAGCCGUCUCCAUGGCUCUUUGUGUUUCUGAUUGAUUGAUUGAUUGAUUGAUUGAUUGAUUAAUUGUACAUCUGUUGGUUCCAGACUUUGUUGGGGAGCCAUGAACCGUCGUCCGUCCAGCUGUGGGUGUCCUACAACCGCCAGCCAAUGAAAGCCGCCCAGUUCAUGACCCGCCACCCAAUCACAGUGAGUCUCCAGGCUUGCUUUGCAACACCAGAACACCCUCUCUGUGGCUCCUAGUAGACUCCUAGUCUAGAGAACAAACCUGUCACUGUAUUGUUGAGAAACUGGGAAAAUGUAUUUGUAAGGAAAUGCUAAAACUCUACUAUGUAGCUAGUAUGUAGUUGACAGCUCAACAUGAGCCAGAAAUCACAAGACCAAUCACAGAAAAUACUGUAAGGCGUGACACUCCACUCACAGUAAAAAGCUGUUAAUUCCAUGACACUAUUUAUCUUAAAAAUGAACAUGUUUUUGUGUAAUAAAAGUUUAAUUACAAUCAUCAGCUUUUAGUUGAGGGAAUCACACCUAUUUUUCUUGAUAAUGCCCUACACAAAUAAGGAAAACUGCUCAACGUCUCUCUUCUUUUCCUGCAGGAGUACUACAUCGCUGACGCCUCGGAGGACCAGGUGUUUGUUUGUGUCAACCACGUCAACAACGUCACCCACCUGUACAUCUCAGACACGCAGGGCCUGUCCUUCUCCCUGUCCCUGGAGAAUGUUCUAUACUACAGCCCAGGGGGUUCAGGCAGCAACACCCUCAUCAGGUAGGCACAGUGUUCCUAGUCCUAGUGCUUCUCAAUACUCUACUGUGGGGGGGGGGGGUUGCACUAUUUUGCUCCAGGCCAGCACUUACACACCUGCUUCCUCUAUUUGACCUAAUCAACCAAUCUUUGGUUGUACAUUUUUGUUUCAGGCCAGCCCAGCGCUAACCCACCUGAUUGAUCUAUUAACUAAUCACAGGUUGCGCAUUUUUGUUCCAGCCCAGGACUAACCCAUUCGAUUCAGCUAAUCGACUUAUCACUGUGAUUAGUGGCUUGAUAGUGCUGGGCUAGAACAAAAAUGUGCACCCCUUUGGUGUAUCCCCCAGGAAUAGAUUUGGAAACAGUAUACUACUAAGCAACGAGGAUGCGAGACCUGGGUUCAAAUAGUAUUGGUAUAUUUCAAAUACUUCAGCUGCCCUUGAUUGAGCUUACCUGACAUAACAAAAUCAAAAGAAAAGUCCCAAAAUCACAAACCCUGCCCAUCUGACACUCCAGGCAGGCUCAAUCAAUCGCCCAAAUCAUUUUAAAGAAAACAAAUACUAUUUGAACCCAAGUCUGCAAUAUUCUGAAGUGACUCACAGUUAAGGCAGCCUAAUUAGUAGGCUACCUUCUGAGAUCUGUAGUGUCUUGCUAGGAACAAACGUAACAGAACUCACCUUGAUAAACACCUUGAUAAAGCAAACCUUCCUUGAUCAAAUACACACACCCUUGGAUCAAGUAUACCCACCUUGAUCAAGCGCACCCACCAAUCUUGAUUUAUUUUGAAGGAGAGAUGAGUGGAGGCUGUUCUAUCCGUGCUACGUCUGAUCAUGCAAGCACUGGGGGACCUCCUGGUGUGCAUUCCUAGUGACCACGAUGAGUCAGCGUGUGUGUGUUUUCUCCUCAGUGUUGGUAAACAACAGCAGGGUCUUUGCAUGUGUUUCCAUGUUCACAUCCCAGUGACCAGGAUGAUGGAUGUUUGCUGAGUCCCUGUUGUCAUGGCGCUGCAGUGUAGCGUAGUGCGUCCAGUGACUAUAAUUAAUGCGUGCGUACCUGUGUACGUGUUUCAUCCCAGGUACUUUGCCAACGAGCCCUUUGCUGACCUGCACCGUGUGGAGGGUCUGCGCGGCGUCUUCGUGGCCACGCUCAUCAACGGCUCACUCAGCGAGGACAACAUGCGCUCUGUAAUCACCUUCGACAAGGGGGGCACCUGGGAAAUGCUGCUGGCCCCAUCCGCCGACAGCCUGGGAGGAACACUGGACUGCCAGGUAGCUAGCUACUUGUUAAAAUAACAUCUGACCCUGUAUCAGUGGUUAGAGAAAACGUCCACCUACUCCCUGGUGGGUUUCCCCUAACCACUGAUACAGGAUACUGAAACUCAGACCCCAGAUUGUAGCUGCCUGGCAGACUAUUGCUGGCAGCUUCAGAAAUAUGACAUUAUAAACAUCGGGGCGACAUCCUGCUUACAGACAUCAACAACAACAGGAUUAAGAUUAGGGCUGUGGUGAUACCAGUAUCGCAAUAUUCUUUCCAUGGCAAAAAUGAAAACAUGAAGCAGAACUGAAACUCUUUGGUCCUUUAAAAACUUGCUGUAUGUAAAAUAUUGGGUGCCAUAGCUUGGGAAAUAAAUACAUGUGACUCUGGAUGACAACAUAAGCAUGUUUGUUUCCAACAUUAGGGCUGUUUUCCUAAAUAAGUUAAAUCCGCUUCGUGUUUUGUUUCCUUACCACGAUACUAGGGAGUGUCGCGAUACUGGCAUCAUCCCGGCCCUAAUUAAGAUCUGCCCAAGACUCCUACUGUUGGCUCGUAUUAAUAUAGGCAUGCCUGAAGGGAGGGCAAAAAUUGGGAAGAACCAAUAAAGUGGCAGUCUUAGCAGAAUUUAUUUAUGUUGAUGUCUGUAAGCAGGAAGUUGCCGUGUUGUGUUUUACACUGUCGUAGUGCUGAGUCUAUGAGUCCUUUGAGGUAGGGAUUGGGGGUAGGGUAAUAUGACAUUAGUGGUUAGGAACAACAGUCACACAGUGUGUGUUUGCAUUCUAAACGGGAAGUGGGUUUGGGUGCAACAGGUGUGUUCUGUUUGGUUUUAGAAAGUGGUCGUGUCCCUUUUACGAAAAUGUAUGCACUCACUACUGUAAGUCGCUCUGGAUAAGAGUGUCUGCUAAAUUAAUAUAAUGUAAAUGUAGCUUAACUUCUGAGAAAAUAGUUUAUAGUUUUAUUGAUUUAUCUUCGGUUUUGCCAGAGUGAUUAUUGUCUCCAUUGACCUAACCCGUCUCUAUCUCUCUCUCCAUCUCGCUCCUCUCCCUCCAUAACACCUCUCCAUCCCUCCCUCCAUUCCCCCUACUCCAUCUCCCUUCAUCUCUCCUCUCUAUCCCUCCAUUCUUCCUUUCUAUAUCUUCCUCCAUCUCUCCUCUCCAUCCCUCCACCCCCCCCCCUACUCUAUCUCCCUCCAUCUCUCCUCUCCAUCCCUUCCUCCAUCCAUCCCUCUUCUAUACCCCCUCGGUACUUCUCUAUCCCCCAUCCUCUCCCUCUAUCUCCCAUCCUGUCCCUCCCUCUCUCCAUAGCUCUCCAAGGGCUGCUCCCUCCACCUGGCCCAGCGCUGGAGCCAGCUUCUCAACAUUCAGUUGCGCAGGAUGCCCAUACUGUCCAAGGAGUCAGCGCCAGGGCUCAUCAUGGCCACAGGUGGGGAGGCUUAGGCUAGCAUCAUACAACUACAAUUUUUUAUUAAAAAAAAUAUAUUUGUUCUGAUUUUAUGGAACAGAGAGAGAGAGAGAGAGAGGAUGAUAGUGGGAAAGAAAGAGAAAGAUUGUGUCAAAGGGACUGACUAUUUCUAUGAAGAACACAUGACUUCCCUUAUGGUGGUGCAACUUCCGCUGUUGUCUGAUCUGAUGGAGAGGACCACUUCCUCCACCAGUCGAUCACACAGGAAAUGCUGCAGAGUCUCUCCUUCCUGCUCGUUUGUCUGCGUUUGUUUAUUCAUUUUUUAACCUUCAUUAAAGGUUAACCUUUGUAAACCUAUGUUUGUGUGCAUGCAUGUUAGUAACUGCGCGUACUCUCAUGUCAGAGCAAUCGGCUUUGACCGGGGCUACACUAGGAGCAGUUGGACACAAAUCCAUUGUGUUUAAUCCACUGAAAGUGUCUCUCUUGUCUCUACCGCUUCUGCCUGCUUGGCGGAGUACAUUGAUUUUCUUUGUAGCUGUGCUGUGUCUGGAAGGAGGAAGAAGCUGCUAGACCUAAUUAAAUUAUUAGUAGAUAAUGGCCACAGGGAGAAGUGCAGAGAGGCGCAGGGAGAGAGGAGGGCUGAGGAGACACUAUGCCCUUCUCGUCCGUGUUAUCGCUUACACACAGAUGCGCUAAUUACUUCUGCCUCACCCAGCGGGUACACACACAAACACACACACAAACCGUCUCUCUCUUUGUCUGGACCCAGCCAACCACACACAACCAGCAUCCCCACACCGCCUAUCAGGGGGAACAUUUCCACCGAAGCGUUUGUUUUGUGACUUGUUCCUGUGACAUUUCUUAAUUUGGAAAGCACCGUUGAUAUGGCCUCCAAGAACAACAGUCAUUAGUGGUGGUGCAGGGGAGGAGAACAUCAUUCACUUACUGUGGCAUAAUUAAACAGCUCUCGGGAUGAGUGUCAGACAGAGAGAGAGCCGUACACAACUACAUAAAACAAUGAAGAGUUGGAGUCAGAGUUUUGCCUGCUGUAAUCCAUAUUGCACUUGUGAAUUCUACAACCGGUAUCAGUACGCCACACCGUUAGGUGCAACAUGGGGGUCUACAUCCACAUAGGAUAAAUAGAUAUUUGAUGUUACAGAUAUUAGACUCAUUACACUCGUUGGGGCCUUCCCCCUAGAAUGACUAUAUACUGAUUUGAUUUUAACCAUACCUAUAGGUUCAGCAAAUGGGAAGGAGAGAGUAUUGACACUGCAAUAUAACGUUGACAAUAAAGCACUCUGGACAGUAGGUUGCGGUAUGCAGAGUUUGUUUGAACAUAGGCCCAUUCCUUGACGUCAAGCAUCUGUUAAAAAACCCUGGAUGUAAUCUAUCCCUAUGUAGAGACACCCAGCUAUAGGGCCAUGCUACAGUAGCUCCUUUCUCCAUGGCAGCAUCUCAAAUGGCACCCUAUUCCCUAUAUAGUGAGCUACUUUUGAUCUGUUGUUGGCUUUGUGUGCUCUGGGCUGGCCACUGUGCUUGGGCGCGUCCCAAAUUACACGGCACCCUAUUCCCUAUGCAUGUGGUGCACUACUUUUGACCGGGGCCCAUAGGGCUUUUGGUCAAAAGUAGUGCACUAUGUAGGGAAUAGGGUGCUAUUUGGGACAAUGCCUGGAUACUGCUGGGACUGGAGACCACCUGAAGCUGCAGUAGUGUUCUUACUGAAUCACUCUCUGUGUGUACUGUUUAAUUCAUCACCUCCUCUCUCACAGCCAUUCCAGUGAUCAUCCUGUGUCUGUGUUUGUCUCCCCUGCAGGUUCUGUGGGCAAGAACCUGGCCAACAAGCCCAAUGUGUAUGUGUCCAGCAGUGCUGGGGCCAGAUGGAGAGAGGUCAGUGUCUGUGUGUGUCUUGUUUGUGUGUGUGCUUUGUUUUCUAUAGUGUGUGCGCCUUGUUUGUGUGUGUGUGUGUGUGUGUGUGUGUGUGUGCCAUACAUGUAACUAUGCACAUGAUGAGCAUGCUGUAAAUCAUGACAUUGGUUAUUCUUGGAUGUUUCCUGCCUAUGCUAAACCCCUCAUACCAAAGGGUUUCUGUGGAACGACUAGCCACAAAGCUGAAUGCCCAGCAGAGGACACUUUCUUUGACAGCAUAUUAUUAAGCAACAACAAACAUGGUGCUGCAGUUAUUCAAAGCCACUCUCUGUAAUAUGUGCGUACAAUUUCAAGACUGGGGAACCCUCUAAAACAAUGGAGCAAAAGCACCCAUAACAUUUUCACAUGCUCUUGAUGUCUAUGAUGUGACAUUCCACAAGAGCAAAAAAUAAUAAUAAUAAUAAUAUAUAUAUAUAUAUAUAUAUAUAUAUUUUUUUUUAAACAUACUUUUAAUGUGAACAUAGUAUACUUCAUUUAAGUAUCAUGACAACCAAAAUAUUUUUGAUAAUAAUAUGGCCCGACAGUUGUACUAGUCUUACUGUGGUAGCUAUAUAAAUUGACCAGCAAACUGUGGCUUUAAUGAGUGUUCUUCACAUUUACCCUUCUCCAGGCGCUGGCCGGUCCUCACUUCUACACGUGGGGUGACCAUGGGGGCAUCCUCAUGGCCAUCGCCCAGGGGGGCUCCACCACACACCUCAAGUGAGUCUCACAACUGUCCUAAAUAAGACCCAUAUCUCCACUGCUAGAACAGCACAGUAUGCUGUAUAUCACUCCCUCCUCAUUGCACUUUCAGUCCACUUACCUUGUCAAAUAAAGGUUCAAUGAAUUGUACCCUUUUCAACCCACUGUGUCACUGCCAACCCAAGCAGUACUGUGCUGGCUCGGAAAUAUAAUUUUCACAUUGUCCUUUCCAGCACGGUUCCAGCUACUACAGUACAUGGGAUACAUAACCAGGCCAAUGCAGUACAGCUUGGCUUGGCUCGGCUCAGUAGUGUAAAAUGGGUAUAAAUAUUUUAACCAUGCUAAUUUCGAUCUCCAUACUGUCUCUGUCGGCCCUGCGAUAGACUAGCAUCCUGUUCAGGUGGUGUACUUGCUGCCUCACGCUACAGAAUCAGUAGAUUUGCCCUAUGGGCCAUUCUGGCUCGGACAAGGCUACUUACCUACUGUCUCUCUGUGUCUCAGGUUCAGUACCAAUGAGGGGGAGACGUGGACGGACUUCCAUUUCUCCGACAGGGAGGUGUAUGUCUACCAGCUGCUGACGGAGCCGGGGGAGAAGAGCACCAUCUUUACCAUCUUCGGCUCCUAUGCUGACCAGAGACACAGCUGGCUCAUCCUGCAGGUCAACGCCAGCGACGUGCUCGGUGAGUAGACUCUCAUAAUAUUAUUACACUGGGCUGAAGUCAUGACUGAAGUAUGCUCAGCCUGGUGCUUUUGCGUCCGUUUGUCGUCCAUUUUCACAAUGCCAAUGAGAAAUAUCCAUCCAUUGGGCCAGGGUCUCACUGAGGGGGUGUGUGUGUUUGUGCAUUCGUGUGUGUCCACUGUCCAGGCAUAUGUACGCUUAUGUCCCAAUGCUACUGUAAUACAAUAUAAUCCAAUUCCAAAUCAAGUAUUUAAAAUGUGUGUAUUUGUGUGUCUCUUCAGGCGUGCCAUGCGCCGAGGGAGACUACAAGCGCUGGUCCCCGUCAGACGAGCGGGGCAACGACUGCCUUCUGGGUAGAGAGAUGGUGUAUAAGCGACGCACGCCCCACGCCACCUGCUUCAACGGUGAAGACUUUGACCGCCCCGUCACCGUGUCCAACUGCUCCUGCACACGCCAGGACUACGAGUGGUGAGACCAGAGGCACCAUUGCCAAGCCCCUGUCCAAUCCCAAAUCCGCCCUUUGCCUCUACCCCUAAACACUAUGUACCCCUAUAGGCACUUUAUAUCGAUCUGAAAGGAUUGGAUAGCUGCUAUCUAUAAAGGUAAUAGCUCCACCUUUCCUUCUGUUAAGCUAGGACUAGGUGGAAUGUUUCUCCCUUACUUACAACUAUGCUAUCCUUUCAGGGUAGGGGCUAGGGGUUGAUUGGAAUUGGGCAACAGUCUUUUCCACUCAUCUCUGUCUGUUCAUAGUUUCAUAGUCUGAUAGGCUAACAUUGGGUCUGUCUCUCUCUAUCUCUCUCUCUCUCUUCUCUCUCUCUCUCUCUCUCUCUCUCUCUCCUCUCUCCUCUUUCUCGUCUCUCCCUGCUUUCCUCUCUACUCUCCCUCUCUCUCUCUCCUCUCCUCUCUCUCUCUCCUCUCUCAUCUCCUCCAUCUCUCUCUCUCUCUCUCCCCUCUCUCCUCUUCUCUCUCUCCUCUCUCUCCUCUCUCUCCACUGUCUCUCUCUCUCUCUCUCUCUCUCUCUCUCUCUCUCACCCUCCUUUUUCUCCUGUUCUCAGUGACUAUGGCUUCAAGCUGAGUGAGGACCUGGCCCUCCAGGUGUGCCUGCCCGACCCCGAGUUCUCAGGGAACCUCUACGCCCCUCCCGUGCCCUGCCCUGUUGGCACUACCUACCGUCGCAGUACAGGGUAAGCCAAUAUCCCUUUGGUAUUAGCAUAUUGUCACUUCAUCAGAAACCAGGCUUUACCCUUCUCAUAAUUAUAGCCUUUUUCCUUUUGUUAAGGUGACUCCACACGUUGAGGGUUACGGCCUUGCAAUGGGUCAGGAUUAUAUGACCUGGCUGAGCUGAAGGGUUUUGGGGUUUUGGACUGAAUUCAUUGUGUGUCCCAAAUGUGUGUCCCAAAUGGGCCUUGGUCAAAAGUAGUGCACUUUAAAGGGAAUAGGGUGCCAUUUGGGAUGUAACCAUAAAGGUUGAGAUACACUUGUCCUUGGUGGCAGACUGGCAGUGACAUAUGGCUUAUAAAAACGAAUGGCAUUUCCUAGCGUAUCAGUCUUCACCUCAAUCUUGUAUGAUUUUUUACUGCCGCAAGGAGACGACCGUUCGAUAUCAACAUGAUUAAUUAUGAAUAUGAUAUGAACGCUGUGUAAUUACCGUCCUUUGUUGUCAUAGGGGAAACUGUCUUUGUUCUUCUUUUGUGUAAUGGGGAAGAGAAAGGAGUGACGUUGUUCCAUUAUAUAGCCCUUGCUUAUCAUGGAGAACAGCCCCACCUAGUGUCAUAAGGAGAGAAAUGUCCCAGCAAAAUCUUGACAUACACUGAGUGUACAAAACAUUAAGAUCACCUUCCUAAUAUUGAGUGGCACCCCUCCUUUUGCCCUCAGAACAGCCUCAAUUCGUCGGGGCAUGGACUCUACAAGGUGUCGAAAGCAUUCCACAGGGAUGCUGGCUCAUGUUGACUCCAAUGCUUCCCCGUUUUGUCAAGUUGGCUGGUCCUUUGGGUGUUGGAUCAUUCUUGAUACACACGGGAAACUGUUGAGCGUGAAAAACCCAGCAGUGUUACAGUUCUUGACACAAACCGGUGCACCUGGCACCUACUACCAUGCCCUGUUCAAAGGCACUUACAUUUUUUGUCUUGCCCAUUCACCCUCUGAAUGGCACACAUACACAAUCCAUGUCUCAAUUUGCUCAAGGCUUAAAAAUCCUUAUUUAACCUGUCUCCUCCCCUUCAUCUACACUGAUUGAAGUGGAUUUAACAAGUGACAUCAAUAAGGGAUCAUAGCUUUCAGCUGGUUAGUCUAUGUCAUGGAAAGAGAAGGUGUUCCUAAUGUUUUGUACACUCAGUGUGUAUAAAAUGGAGAACAUGUAAACAUUUGUUCUCCUUUUUUACACAACUACGCAUAGGAUACACUAUACUACACCAUGUGUUGUGCACAUACUCUUGUUGUGAUAUUGGGUGGUGGGUGUUUGUCUGACCAUGUUAUUAUGCAAUUUGUGUGUCUCUAUCGCUCUCUCUCUCUCUCUCUCUCAGGUACAGGAAGGUGUCUGGGGACAGCUGUAGUGGAGGGGAUGUAGAAGCCAGACUGGAUGGAGAGAUGCUGCCCUGUCCUGUAGGAGGUAAACCUCCCCUCUCUCAAUUAAGAAUCCGUCAUUAGAGCAGGGCCAAUAAAACAAGCUCAGCAUUACAUACGUACCCACAUACAGUCAGACCAUGGGCCGUAGGUAUCAAGCAUCUCGGAGUAUGCUUAUUAGUGCUGAUUUAGGAUAAGUUUUCCCUUUUAGAUGAAUAAGAGACACUCUGAGACGCUUGAAACGAGGUUCACAAAUACUUUACCUUGAUGGUGUUCUCCGUUUUGCUCUACGACCCCCACAAGUGUCACGGGACUCCUCUGAAGGUAGCCCAUACAAAUGAAUGGAAGUAUGGAGGUAGUUUUGUGUCCAAAAAAACGAAAAUAUUUCCUGAACUUUUUUAUAUCUCCUAGAUAUAGAACAGACACUUCAAAACGUUAUUCCUUAAGAUUUAUUUUUUGACUGUCUUUUUCUGCCAUCUAUGAAUGUGUUAUUCAAUGCGUUUCUAUGGGCUAUAGUAGUAGGCCAAAUUCUGUAUUUUAUCAAAAAAUAUAUAUAUAUAUUUUUGGGGGGGAUACCUAAAGGGCCUAAAGUUCAUAAUCAAGUAGCUACAUGAUCGGCUUAGAGGUUAGAGGUUAAAUGAUAAUCCAACCCCAAGAACAGGGUUGAAAUGUUUGCCACUUUCGCAGCUUGCAGAAGCGGUGAGAGCAGACAAAGACAGUGGGUCAUGGGACAUGACGGGGUUAUGUGGUACGGGCCACACAGUUUUAUCUUUAUUGCUAGACCUUAAAGAAACUCUGUUGUACAAUUGAGGCAAAAGAUUUUGUAAGUUACCUUUAGUCACGCAUUAUGGGGUGAAUUUAGUUAAAGAUACAAAGGUUAGCCCCCAGCAGUAGAUUAUAGGCUACAACACAUGUAAGUUAGACCUCAGGGACAGUAGCUGCUGCGGCUGGAACUGGUUAUAGGGAUCCAAAAAGCAAAUAAACAAGUAAGUAUUAGUGAAUUCAUGAAAAGUGAAAUUACUCAAAUGUUAUACAUAAAAGCAAAGGGUAGGAUGAACUUUAAUUUCCCUGAGGGGAAAUUGUUUUAGACAUGCAUUACUGCUGUAUACAAAAUAAAUACUGCCGUACACACUGCUGUAUACAAAAUAAAUACUGCCGUACACACUGCUGUAUACAAAAUAAAUACUGCCGUACACACUGCUGUAUACAAAAUAAAUACUGCCGUACAUACUGCUGUAUACAAAAUAAAUACUGCCGUACACACUGCUGUAUACAAAAUAAAAUGCAAUAUGUUGCUAUUUUCUUACCAGUUGUUACUCUUCACAUGGAUAUAGAUAAGAAUGAAUUGUAUUAAGUGUUCUUUUUCUCCUGGUCUUUUCCAGAGAGUAAUGAGUUCAUCCUGUACGCUGUGAGGAACUCCAUCCAUCGCUAUGACCUGGCCACAGGGACCGACCAGGCCCUGCCCCUCUCUGGUCUCCGCGAGGCCGUGGCCCUAGACUUUGACUACGAAAGGAACUGCCUAUACUGGGCCGACAUCUCGCUGGACACCAUACAGGUCAGGGCCUUCACAGAAGGCACUCAGAUGUAACCAUGACUUACCCUAUUCCCUAUAUAGUACAUUACUUGUGUACUAUAUAGGGAAUAAAGUGCCAUUUCUGACACAGAAUCUAUCCUACACACACUUCAGAAACCAAGUGCCCCCGCACAUUGACUCUGUACCGGUACCCGCUGUAUAUAGCCUCCCUACUGUUAUGUUCUUUUACUGCUGCUCUUUAAUUAUGUUUUACUUAACACUUCUUUUUCUUAAAACUGCAUUGUUGGUUAAGGGCUUGUAAGUAAGCAUUUCACUGUAAGGUCUACACCUGUUGUAUUCGGUGCAUGUGGCAAAUAACAUUUGAUUUGUUUUGAUUUUGAACAGUACAUUGUGAAUCGUGAUUAGUGAAAAGUAUAUACACAUACUUCAGUGACCACAUGCCUCCCUGGUCUCCCCCUCCAGAGGCUUUGUCUGAACGGCAGUACGGGACAGGAAGUGAUCGUGAGGAAGGACCUGCAGAAUGUGGAGGCCCUCACCUUUGACCCCAUCAGCAGGCUGCUUUACUGGGUGGACGCCGGAGCGCAGAGGAUUGAGGUAAACAUGAGGAACAGGGAUUUGUCCAAUAUUUGAUAUAUACUGAACAAAAAUAUAAAUGCAACAUGCAACAAUUUCAACAGUUUUACUGAGUUACACUUCAUAUAAGGAAAUCAGUCAAUUGAAUAUAUUCAUUAGGCCCUAAUCUAUGGAUUUCACAUGACUGAGCAGGGGCGCAGCCAUGGGUGGGCCUGGCUCCCAAGCGUUUGCCCUCCCAUUAUUACAGACAGAAAUACUCCUCCGUUUCAUCAGCUGUCCGGGUGGCUGGUCUAAGAUGAUCCCGCAGGUAAAGAAGCCGGAUGCAUGGUGGUGGCAGCAUCAUGCUGUGGGGAUUUUUUUCAGCAGCAGGGACUGGGAGACUAGUCAGGAUCGAGGGAAAGAUGAACGGAGCAAAGUACAGAGAGAUCCUUGAUGAAAACCUGCUCCAGAGCGCUCAGGACCUCAGACUGGGGUGAAGGUUCACUUUCCAACAGGACAACGACCCUAAGCACACAACCAAGACAACGCAGGAGUGGCUUCGGUACAAGUCUCUGAAUGUCCUUCAGUGGCCCAGCCUGAGCCCGGUCUUGAACCCGAUCUAACAUCUCUGGAGAGCCCUGAAAAUAGCUGUGCAGCAACGCUCCCCAUCCAACCUGACAGAGCUUGAGAGGAUCUGCAGAGAAGAAUGGGAGAAACUCCCCAAAUACAGGUGUGCCAAGCUUGUAGCGUCAUACCCAAGAAGACUCAAGGCUGUAAUUGAUGCCAAAGGUGCUUCAACAAAGUACUGAGUAAAGGGUCUGAAUACAUAUGUAAAUGUCAUAUUUACGUUUUUUUAAUUUGAUAAAUUUGCCAAAAAUGUGAAAAACCUGUUCUUUCUUUGUCAUUAUGGGGUAUUGUGUGUAGAUUGAUUGGGGGGGGGGAUUUGAAUCCAUUUUAGAAUAAGGCUGUAACGUAACAAAAUGUGAAAAAAGUCAAGGGGUCUGAAUACUUUUCGAAUGCACUGCAUAUAUAUUCUUUCUCCAUCUUAUUGAAGCCUUGUUUGAUUUAUAUUUAUAUCCUCACCUGAUAAAUGACAUGCUACUGUAUAGUAUCAGGCAAUACAGUGUGUAUUCGGUGCAUGUGACAAAUAAGAUUUGAUUUGAUGAUGGUGACCCACUCCAUGUGUAUGCCUUGGGGCGGCAGGUAGCUUAGUGGUUAAGAGCGUUGUGCCAGUAACCGAAAGGUCGCUGGUUCUAAUCCCCGAGCCGACUAGGUGAAAAUUCUGUCGAUGUGCCCUUGAGCAAGGCACUUAACCCUAAUUGCUCCUGUAAGUCGCUCUGGAUAAGAGCGUCUGCUAAAUGACUAAAAUGUAAAUGUAAAUGUAAAUGCCUUGUGUUGUGUAGGUGUCUAACCCUGAUGGGGACCUACGUCACACUCUGCUCAACUCCUCAGUGCUAGAGCAUCCCAGAGCUCUGGUCCUCAUGCCAGGAGAGAGGUAACACUGUCUAAUUACCUUGAAUAUCAGCCAUCAAUUUUUAAAUCAAAUGCAUUUAUAAAGCUUUAUUUACACAAAAAGGUAUCCCGCAUGACCGACUGUUAAAGGGGCAAUCUGUGAUUGCUUCAUCCAUUUUGGACUUUACCGCUUUGUUUUUGUUUGAACUGCAGAUUGCCCCUUUAAUGUAAAUAACAUCAAUGUUAAUAUCUGUCUGAUAUACUUGCUUAAUCUGUGAUGCGUCUCUCCUACCAGCCUGAUGUUCUGGACGGAUUGGGGUGACCGUGCGGCCGGCGUGUACCGCGGCUACAUGGACGGCUCCAACGUGUCAUGCAUCGUGUCCGAGGGCGUCCGCUGGCCCAACGGCAUUACAGCUGACGACCAAUGGCUGUACUGGACCGAGGCCUACGGCGAUCGCAUCGAGCGGGCAGACUUCGCCGGCGGUCAGCGCAGUGUGGUCAUGGAGGGCCUGCCUCACCCCUACGCCAUUGCUGUUUUCAAGGUACUUUAGAACGGUUGAUGCGCUUAUGGAGUAUUAAGGCCCACUCUGUGAUAUUUACAGCCGUUUUUGAUCAUUUAAAGGAAUGAUGUAUACCCAUUGAUUCUUGAAGAAUAUCACUUAUAAACAAGCUUAGUUCAUUUGUCUAACGUCUUUAAAGGUAGACUCUGCAAUAUGACAUCAUCAUACACAGCCGGUCAACUUCCUGCUUCCAGAUGUCAACAAUAACAGAAUUCAAAAUGGCCCAGGAUUGUCACUAUUGGCUCUUUCCAAAUUUGCUCCCUCCCUUGAGGCAUGUCCACAUUGUUUCAGGUUUUUAAUGUCACAUACACAAGUACAGUGAAAUGCCUUUCUUGCAAACUCAAAACCCAACAAUGCAAUAAUCAAUAACAAUGUAAUACCAGAACAAACACAUGAGAAAUAAGAAGAAAUAUGAAGAACACAAUGAGUAAGUAAGUAAGCAUACUAUAUACUUGGUCAGUUCCAAUGCCAUAUUUACAAUGUGCAGGGAUACUGGAGUGAUGGAGGUAGAUAUGUAAAGGGGUAAGGUGACUAGGCAACAGGAUAUAAGAUAAACAGAGUAGCAGCAGCUUGUAUGUGAGUGGGUGUGUGUGUGGAGUCAGUAUAAAUAUAUAUUUGGAAUUAUCCAAUAGAAGCAGCCUUGUCAAAUAAGAAUGUUAUUGAUGUCUGGAAGCAAAAAGUUGGCACACUGUGUAUGAUGAUGUCAUAUUGCAGAUUCUACCUUUAAGGUUAUUGAGUGUGCAACACUGGGGAUAACUCAUGGCACAUAAAGUAGCACAGUCCCAUUGUAAAAAAUAUAUCUAUGUUUGUUUUCAUAUAAUCUCCCAGUUACUGGGCAAAUCCUCAUUGGCGUGUGUGUGUUUUCAGAAUGACCUGUACUGGGAUGACUGGUCAAGGAGGGGCAUCUUCAAGGCUUCUAAAGCAGGCUCCCAGGACAAUGAGCUGAUAGUGGGUAGACUGACCGGGGUCAUGGACCUCAAAAUCUUCUACAAGGGCAAGACCAGAGGUGAGAGACAAGCAGUGAAACCAUAUUAAUGGCUGUUCUAAGUAAACCCUCCAAGAACUUCAAUGGUCAGCAUUAAAUAGAUAUUAUGUGUGGUUAGAAUGCUACUCUGGAAGCGACAAUAGUGGAAGCUUUGUUUGGACACCCCCACUACCUCAGCAGAGUUAGACGAAUCACAUGAUUGGAGCUUAGUGUACCUGUCUGCUCAUGAUAAACCAGUGUGUGUGUGUUUCCACUCUCUUCCAGGCCAUAAUGCCUGUGCAGACCAACCCUGCAGCCUACUGUGUCUACCCCAGCCCGGGCACCGCCACACCUGUGUAUGCCCCGACGGAGCGCCCACCACCACCCUACCCAAUGGGGUGCUCCAGUGCCAGUGUCCCACCGGCUACCAGCUCCACAACAAGACCUGCAUCAAGACAGGUGAGGCCUGGCACACUCACAUACGUGCACACACGCUUUCUGACAGACACACAGGCACACAAACACACACACCCAAUGGUCUCGCUGGGUACAAAAUACUACUGAUCAAGUAAAAUGUGCCGAAAACAACAGGUGUAGACCUUACCGUGAAAUGCUUACUUAUGAGCACUUAACCAACAAUGCAGAGUUUGAAAAAGUAUGAAAAAUGUGUUAAAUAAACUAAAGGAAAAAUAUUUACAUUUUAGUCAUUUAGCAGACGCUCUUAUCCAGAGCGACUUACAAUAAAGUAACAAUAAUGAGGCUAUUUGUUAUUCUUUAAUUCUUUAAUUUUUUACUUACCUAUUUUUUACUUUACACUUAUUUUUCUUAAAACUGGAUUAUUGGUUAAGGGCUGUAAGUAAGCAUUUCACUGUAAGGUCUACACCUGUUGUAUUCGCCGCAUGUGACAAAUACAAUUUGACUUGAUUUGAUAAAGGGGGUACCGGUACCGAGUAAAUGUACGGGGUAGUCAAGGUAAUUGAGGUAAUAUGUGCAUGUAGGUAGGGGUAAAGUGACUAUGCAUAGAUAAUACACAGAUGCAUGAUCAUGUAUUGAGGUUCUCAACAUAGUCCUUCAGAUUACCCUAUCACAGUACUACAGAUCCACAAUGGUGCCGGCUUUUGUUCCAACCUAGCACUAACACCUGUGUCACCUAAUUCAACUAAUCAACAAGCGAUGAGUUGAAUCAGGCGUGUUAGUACUGGGUUGGAACAAAAGCCUGCACAGCCUGCAGUGGGUCCGUCCCCAGGUUCUAGAUCCCUGCCUCAGUAAAUGUAGAGAACCACUAACUUCCUCUCCCUCUCUCUCUGACUGGUUGUGUGACUGGUUGUGGUUCUCCAAGGACCACUUUGGAAAUAAGUGUUUUCAUUGACACUUUUACAUGCUAUCCUUUGGGAUUCAAAUACAUUUCUUGAUGAUGUAUGUUUUAUUUGCAACCCAAAAUCGAAUGAAAUUCAACUCCCCCAGAACACACGUGCCUGCCCAACCAGUACCGCUGCUCCAACGGCAAGUGCAUCAGCAGCAUCUGGAAGUGCGACAGCGACAACGACUGUGGCGACAUGAGUGACGAGCAGGAGUGCCGUGAGUAGAGCCCAAAUGGCACCCUAUUCCCUAUAUAGUGCACUACUUUUGGCCAGGCCAUUUCAGACGCACAAUGGACAACUCACUCACUCACUCAGAUUAUUCUGUUUAUUAUUAUUAUUAUUAUUAUAAUAAAAAUGGUUGGGAGUUGAAUCCUUGUUUGUAAGGUACUUAGUGAAUAAAAUGGAUCCAACCAAUAGUCUUCAAUAGAGCUAGACUAGAUUUUGUUGCUCUCACACUGUUACAAUACACUCUGCUUUGGGUCUCUGCUGCUGUUCUCUCUCUGUUCUUCUGGGCUCAAUGUCAAUACCCUGUCAUUCUGUCUGUCCCUCUGCCCCCCUGUCCGUCCCCCUCCAGCCACCGCCUCCUGUGACCCGUCCAUCCAGUUCCGCUGUGUGGCGUCCGGCUCCUGUAUCCCGCUGGCAUUCAAGUGUGACCACGAGGACGACUGUGGGGACAACAGUGACGAGGAACACUGUGGUACGAGGAAGAGAGAGUGUGUGCGUGCGCAUGCGCGUGUGUGUUUUUUUUUUUUUACUGACAACGUGUGCUCUAUCCUGUAUGACGUUUGAGAUUGUAUAUAGUAUUUGUGAUGCUUCCUCUGAUUACUGACUGUGUAUGUGUGUGUGUAUCCCAGAGAGUCACCAGUGUGGACCAGGGGAGUUCACGUGUGCGCGGGGUGUGUGUAUCCGCGAGGCCUGGCGAUGUGACGGAGACAACGACUGCAGGGACUGGUCGGACGAAGCCAACUGUACAGGUGAGAUCAGGGCCAGGUUCAAAAGGAAAAUGUUGUGGAACGUUGCACAACCUCCCUCUCUCUCUUAGUCUCUCCAUCACUCUCUCUCACUCUCUCUCUCUCUCUCCCUCCUUCCCUCCCUGUCUCAGUGGGUCACCAUACCUGUGAGGCCAGUAGUUUCCAGUGUCUCACGGGCCACUGUAUCCCUAAGCGUUGGGUGUGUGACGGUGAUGAUGACUGUCAGGACAGCUCUGACGAGGAGCGAGCACACUGCGGUGAGGACACACGCACCCAACACACACGCACACACACACACACACAUAGACACAGCCCUCGCUCUGCUUGACACCAACACCCAUGAUGUUAUGUAAUUGUUACGACAGCGCUAUGACAGUGUUAGGUAGCCUUUAUGUAGGACGGUUCAAGCAAAGUGUUACCCAGAUUUCUAUGUCCAGUCUUUGAUAGGAUGGCUUGGCACUAACAGAUGCUGUGUUGUUGUUGACAGUGGGGGAUCGCUGUAAUGGCUUCCUGUGUUCCAAUGGCACCUGUCUGCCUGCCAGUGCCCACUGCAACGGAGUACAGGACUGCCCAGGGGGUGCAGACGAGCAACACUGUGGUGAGUGACCAACUGAAAGUCUAACCCCGAAACUAGACUGCAAACUAUAGAAAUAUAUGUGCUGCAAACAUUGUCUAUGCGUUCCGUUAGUGUUGUUUUUCGCCUGCUACCCCAGAUGCACUUCGGUCUUUUGAAAAACACAAACGUUAGAGGGCUAUUGUCAUAGACUGAUUUUUGUCAUCAAUAGAUUCACCUGAAAUUCCUUAAAAUGAAAGGUUGGUUGAGAAUAUCUCAGACGUAUCCCAUUGUAAUAUAGUAGUACUAUGUCUGUGUGUGUCCCCUCCUUGCAGAUCCCCUGUGUACGCGCUACAUGGAUUUUGUGUGUCAGAACCGAGCCCAGUGCCUGUUCCAGUCUCUGGUGUGUGACGGCACCAAACACUGCGAGGACGGAUCCGAUGAGGACGUGGCCUACGCCAGCUGCUGUGAGUCCUACUCCACUAACCCCACCACUACUAUCACAGACAACACUUUCCUGAUAUUUACAGUCACUAAAUACAUAUGCUAUUACAUAGCCCAGGGUUUUUUCCUGUGCACGUGACCUAACCUGGGUCGUGUUCAUAUGAAAUCCAUUUCAAAACGUUGUGCAGCGAAAAAGGAACAAGCAUUCCUUAUCUGGUUUCACUCCCUGUUUUUUCCAUGACCCAGGAACAUGUUUGGUCAGGUCAGGAAAAACGUCAUGAAUGUAUCGGUACUAGAAAGGUAUUAAUUUGUUGUACUGAUUGCCACCCGUCUCUCCCUCUAGCCACUCACCCUGAGUUUGAGAAGACGUGUGACGCCUACAACUUCCAGUGUGCCAACGGAGUGUGUGUGAGCCUGGGGUGGAAGUGUGACGGCAUGAACGACUGCGGGGACUACUCUGACGAAGCCAACUGUGGUGAGUACACACAUUGUGUGUGCGUGUCACAUGCAUCAGCUAUGUACACUGCAGCGCUUUAUAAAUGAAGUGUUUGUGUGUCUAUGUUUCAGGCUCCCCCACUGAGGGGCCGGGCUGCGCGCGGGACUUCCAAUACGAGUGUCGUAACGGGCGCUGUGUGCCCUCCUGGUGGAAGUGUGACGGAGAGAAUGACUGUGGAGACUGGUCUGACGAGGCUCAGUGCACUGGUACACUCUCUCUCUCUCUCUCUCUCUUUGUCUCUCUCUCUCUCUCUUUGUCUCUCUCUCUCUCUCUUUGUCUCUCUCUCUCUCUCUCUUUGUCUAUCUCUCUCUCUCUCUCUCUCUCUCUCUCUCUCUCUCUCUCGCUCUCUUCCUCUCUCUCUGCUCUCUUCUAAUCUCUCCUCUAUCUUCUCUUCUCUCUUAUAUCUUCUCUCUUUCUCUCUCUCUCUUCUCUCUCUCCUUCUUGUCUGUCUCUCCUCUGUCUCUGUUCUGUAUCUCUUUCUCUCUCUCUCUCUCUCUCUCUCUCUCUCUCUCCUCUCUUCUCUUCUCUCUCUCUCUCUCUCUCUCUCUCUCUCUCUCUCUCUCUCUCUCUCUCUCUCUCUCUCUCUCUCAUUCCUGCCAGAUCUCUAUGACCUAUGUAUGGGUGGUCCUCUGUAGCUCAGCUGGUAGAGCACGGCGCUUGUAACGCCAAGGUAGUGGGUUUGAUCCCCGGGACCACCCAUACACAAAAAUGUAUGCACGCAUGACUGUAAGUCGCUUUGGAUAAAAGCGUCUGCUAAAUGGCAUUGUAUUUGUAUUGUUGUACCAAACCAUUUCAAGUGUUAUGUUUUUAUUAAUUUAAACCUUUUCCUCUUUCUUUUUUUCUUAGGAGGAGUCACGCCCCACACCCCAGCCCCAGGCCCGUCCUCCUGCGCCCCUAAUCGCUUCCACUGUGGCUCGGGAGCCUGUAUAGUCAACUCCUGGGUGUGUGACGGCUACGCUGACUGUCCCGAUGGCAGUGAUGAACUGGGUUGUCCCACAGGUGAACAACCGUCUCUAUCUACACCAAAGGGCUUGCCACCUUGGCUACACAGCUCAGGAUUAGUUAUAUGUAGGUAGGGCCAGGUGGUUAUUCCUGACCAUGUGACUUGACCAGAAAACAUUUUGGAGCUACUUGUCUCUUUAUCUGUGGUGAUUUGAAAAUACUUGACAGGUGAAAACAAUAUGGUGGAAACUCAUCAUUAGGCUAGUAAGACAGAGGGGCGCUGUUUCGCUCGCUCGGAUGCUUUCUCCGGUGAGAUAGUUUCAGACACUUCCGAAUUGAAGGAAAGUUGGAGUGAUUUGUUUGACAAUCAGAUGAAACAUGACUGGUUGUGUUCAUGCCACAUUAAAAGGUAACAAUUUUUUUGCAGUUAAAUGACAUGUCUUUACUAUAAAACCCAUUAAAAAAACACGUGACCCCUUAUGGAAAUCAAAUGCCCAUCCAACUGAUUUGUUCUUGCGGUGGCCCUGUGGUUAUGUUUUGUUUCCAUGGCAGCAGCCAACGGCACGGCGACACAGGCCCCGUGGCCCACCCACGCCCUUCCCCCUGGCCGCUGCAGCAAGGGCCAGUUCCUCUGCCGGAAGCCCCCCACAUGCAUCCCUGACUGGCAGCGCUGCGACGGCCACCAACACUGCCUGGACGGUUCAGACGAAGCCCACUGUCGUAAGUGUUACACACAGAGUGCACAGACGUUGAUGACCUAUGCUCCUCAUGGGGCCUAAGCCAGUCAGUCAAUACACAAACUUGAGUGGGGACUUUCAAACUGGCCAAAAGGGUGGGUCUGAAACACGUAGCCAACCCAGGAACGGUGUUUAUUCAUAAAAUGCACAAAAUGUUAUAAGAAACACAGAUCCACCCGAAGACUACGACACUGGAACUUUGACGUUUCACUCUGCGUGCCAAGUAAACCUUGAAAGGGGGAUGUGGUUCUCACACUUCUCUCUUCUCCUUUUCUCUCUUCCCCCCCCCCCCGUUUCUUCUUUCUCUUCUGCUUUUCUCUCCUCGCUCUCUCUGUCUGGUAGCCACGCGAGGGCCUCUAACGUGUGUGAACGGCACGCGCUGCGCUGACGGGGAGGCCUGUGUGCUGGACGGUGAGAGGUGUGACGGCUUCAUGGACUGCUCCGACCACAGUGAUGAGGACAACUGCACCAGUGAGUCUUCAGUAGCCAGGCUUCUUCCGCCCUUAAAGGGAGACUCGGGAAUAUGACAUCAUCACAAGCUGCGGGCAACUUCCUGCUUUACAGACUUCAACAAAAACAGACUUCAAACAGACCCACACACGAGCUAAUAGUGACAGUCCUGGCCAAUUAUGAUGUUAUUGUUGUUUAUUUCUGUAAGCAGGAAGUGGCUCUGCUGUAUAUUACAAUGUCAUAUUGCUGAGUAUACUUUUAAUGAAAAUCAUGUCACAGCCCCAUCAAUUUACAUAAGUGAAGUCUUUUCACUUGCCAUAGUAUCUCUCCUCUCUAACGUUUGUAUUGGGGGUGGGUUUCUGACCUGUCUCUCUGUAGCCGACUCUCUGGUCUACAAGAUCCAGAACCUGCAGUGGACGGCAGACUUCUCUGGCGCCAUCACCCUCACCUGGUCCAGACCUAAGAACCUGCCCCUGGCUUCCUGCUACUUCCUCAUCUACUACAGGUCAGUCACUCAGUCAGUGUGUGUGUGUGUGUGUGUGUGUCCAGAGAAUCAUUUUCGUUUUAAAGUUAAUUUCUGCAAUGCAAUGGGGGCAUAGAGAAAAUGUUGCCGUUUUAAAGCAAGUUUUCUGUAAUUGUAUAACAAUUUUAUAACACUUUGCAAUUCUACUCAUUUUGCCAUGGGGCAGAGAUGCAGUUUUAAAGCUAUUUUCCUGCAAUAUUACACAUUUCACCACGAUUUAUGCCAUGAUAUUUUUAUUUUAUUUAACCGUUAUUUAACUAGGCAAGUCAGUUAAGAACAAAUUCUUAUUUACAAUGACGGCCUACCCCGGCCAAACCCGGACGAUGCUGGGCCAAUUGUGCGGCACCCUAUUAAUAUGAUGUCUGCUUGAGAAUGACUCACAAAAUCAACAGAGGGCCCCCUGGAUGUCAGGGCCCUGGGCACUUGCCCUGCAUGCCCGGUUAAUAUUUGGCCAUGAUUAUUACAAGUUUAGAUAGCUAGCUAGACUAACUACCAAUCAAAAAAUUGUUAGCUGACAUGGCUAAUUGAGUUACUGUCAGUGAUUGAAAUAACAAGAGAAAAACUGCCGAAUGAUGCACAACCAAUUAAAAUUACACCUGGUGUAUUUUACUAUUCUUACUCUCAAUAGUACGUUGAGACCCUGACUGAGUUCCCCAAAAAUUAAAAGUUAAAGUUUUUAGGGGUUGGGGGCCCCUAGCAGCCGGGGGCCCCUAAACGACCGCUUAUGUCGCUUAUGCGUGUAUGUGUCUAAUUGUGUGACUGUCUGUGUGUCUGACUGUGUGUGUUUGUAUAUCUGUCUGUGUCUGUCCGUGUGCUAGGCUGGUGGGAACCCAGCAGUGGACCUCCAUGGACACACACAGCAACAAGAGCAGCUACACUCUGACGGUGCUGAAGCCAGACACCACGUACCAGGUGAAGGUGCUGACACAGUGUCUCAGCAAGCAGCACAAGACCAACGAUGUGUUGACCCUGAGAACGCCCGAGGGAUGUAAGUAAUGUCGAUUUUUCAAAAUCCUAACAUCGCUGAGCCUCUCACGUUAAACAACUGUUUUUCCUGUAGUUUUUUGUCUUGCUAACGUAGUGUUGCUCACACUAAACGAUGUGAUACAGAUGGAUGAUCACACACUACCAAGAUUCUUCACUUGGUCGUGAUGAUUCUCGAUACCACGGUGUCUCGCGAAAACAAUGAUGUGAUGAUGUGAUUAAAUUGUUAAUGUAGCUAGAACAAGCUGUGGCUCAAAGCAGCCUCAAAAGCCUUUUCAGUCAGACAUUCAUGCUUGCCAUACAGAGUUGAAAUAUCUACUCAAUACAUUUUGAAUUGAACAACAUUGCUCGUGGCAAGCUCUCAUUGGCUAUUGCUGAUCACCGUUCUUAAAAUGGAGAGAUGAGGGGGGAGAUGAGGGGGGGAGGGGAGAAAGAGAGGGAAAGAUAGAGGGAGCAAGACUCAAUCAUUUCACUGUAUCUGUUCACAGCAGAGGAUUUGUCUAAGGCUUGAUUUAACACGUUGUCCAUGUAUUUAGUGUGGUUGUUUUGCACACCCUAGUUGAAUGCACUACUUGUGAGUUGCUCUGCUAACUGACAGGCAAAAGGAGUAACAAAAAGAAUAAUGCCGUUUUAGGAUUAUUUUUUUUCCUGGACCCAGAUUAAGCCUACCCCUGGACUGAAAGGCAUGCUCAAUGGAGAAUCUCUAUCUAUUGAAAGGGUCUUGGAAAUAACCCUUAAUGUUUAUAUCACUUUUGUAUCACUUUUGAAGUUUGUGGCCUGCCUGCAAUAGUGUUUUAAGCUAUGAAUUGAAUAUUAUGUUGGAUUGACAGUACGGUUAUGUAAUGUUUGUUGCAGUGCCCGACCCCCCAGAAAUCUGCAACUGUCAUGUGACAACGGAGAGGACGGCACGGUGGAGGCCUCGUGGAGUGCUCCAGACAAAGCCCACGGCCUGAUCCGGGAGUACAUUGUGAGUUAGCCUGCCUAGACACUCAAUGUUGUUUCCUCUGGUAAACUUAAUAACCGCCUCUCCAUUCUUAGUGUCAUGUCCUGAGCAGUAGGGCUAUAAGAAGAGAUCGAAACAUAUGCACAUCCAAUGGCUUUGAGCGGGUGCUGGAUAUCAAAGUAAAUGUUCAUCAGCAAAAUAUGAAAGACUCCACACACUGUGAUGUGGGCUUAUUAUUAACAUGAACAAUGUUUCAACCCUGUUUUGCCUGUUUUGUUUCUCUCUGUGUGUGUGUGUGUGUGUGUGUGUGUGACAGGUGGAGUACAGUGAAAAAGGUGUGGAGUGGUUCUCUCAGCGAAGCACCGGCAACGGUGCGGAGGUCAAAAACCUACAGCCCAGCACUCUGUACAAGUUUAGGGUAAGAGACCUGUGUCUUUCAUAGCAGCUUCAUAGUGACAUUUGGCUUCAUAACAUGAAGGGAACAUGAGCUCUUAGAAUUGUUGAGUUGUGAACCUGUCUGAUGAGUUCUAAACCUGUGUGUUUUCAGGUGGCAGCAGUGACUGGUCGAGGUAUGGGGAACUGGACUGAGGUUAAAUCCAUCAUCCCCAAGAAAGGUAUGACAGAAUCUCUCAUGAUCAUUAACCUGACAAUUUAUAGUAUGGCAUGAUGAUAGUUUGAUACAUUUGAUACAAUUCUCUAAUCCAGAGUUUCUUAAACUAUGGGUCAAGACCCAAAGUGGGCCCUGGGCAUGUGAGAGGUGGGUUGCAAAUAAUGCAUCUGUAAUCACACGCUAUUUCUUUUUAGUUUGUGGAUAUUUGGGUCACCGGAGGAUGGUACAUAUCUUAUUUUUAUUUGUAAUUUUAGCCCCUUUUCUCCCCAAUUAUGAUCUUAUCUCAUCGCUGCAACUCUCCAACGGGCUCGGGAGAGGCGAAUGUCGAGUCAUGCGUCCUACGAAACAUGACCCGCCAAGCCGCGCUGCUUCUUAACACCCGCUCACUUAACCCGGAAGCCAGCUGCACCAAUGUGUUGGAGAAAACACUGUUGAACUGACGACCGAAGUCAGCCUGCAGGCGCCCGGCCCGCCAAGGAGUCGCUAGAGCGCGAUGAGCCAAGUAAAGUCCCCCGGCCAAACCCUCCCCUAACCUGGACGACGCUGGGCCAAUUGUGCACCGCCCUAUGGGACUCUCGGUCACGGCCGGUUGGGACACAGCCUGGGAUCGAACCCCAGGCUGUUGUGACGCCACAACACUGCAAUGCAGUGCCUUAGACCGCUGCACCACUCGGGAGGCCUAGGAUGGUACAUUUCUUAUUUGGGUCUUGAGCUAUAAUCCUUCAGUGCACUUCCUCCACUGGUUGCAUUGUGGAGAUUUACUGUGUUCUACUGCCCACUGCUGGCCACCAGUAUGUAGUUGUCUUAUUUAUUGGAGCUGGUGCUUAUUGUCUUUCCUCUCUCAGCUCUGCCACCUCCCUCAGUUAUCACCGAUAGCAUCACAGAAGACUCGAUGAGCCUGUCUUUCAGCUUUAACUCCCAAUAUGAGGUCAGUUGGUGGCGUCUGUAUGUGAGUUAGUGCUUGUCUAUGUGUUCUAACUUGCCCUAUAAUUCUACCGUUGUUCCGUGAUUGUCUGCAGGUGAGGCAGUAUGUGGUGGUGUUGUCCUGGGUGUUUGAUGCUCACGUGAAGGAGAGCAGGAACUACACCGUGCGAGGCAGCAUACUGAAAGGUUCGCCCCUGUCUGCCACUAGUGUCCACACAUUUUCUGACAAUUAAAAAAGUGUUUUUCAAACACAUAACUUCGUCAUAUGCGUCAAAAACACACACUUUUGUGUUUUCAAAAUCCUAAUCCAACUCUCUGUCUGUCUGUCUCUGUAUCUACCUGUACACUUGCAGCUGCCAACCUGACCACGGGGACCAUCUACGAGGUGGCUGUGUGGGCCCACACCAGUGUAGGAGACAGCCCCACAGCCCUGUCCCGCCAGCAGACCAAAGGCACCCAGCCGGAGCCUCCCCUCCUCAAGGCCCGGGCCCUCAACCAGAGCUCUGUGGACUGCAGCUGGACUGUAACCGGCUCCCCCGCACAGGUAACACGGGCACAGCAUGACAGCUACUGUAUUACAGACAUGGGUCAUGUUCAUUAGGGCACUCAACGGAAAACAUCAUUCAACUCUUUUGGACAGAAAACGAAAAUGAGCGUUUCUUAUUGGACACGUUUAGGUAUUCCCUCCCUAUUUCAGUCUGUUUUCUUCCAUUUGGUGCGUAAUGAACAUGACCCUGGGUUUAAGUAGUAUCUGUAGUAUACUUUAAAAUGCUUCAAGCAUUUGAUUGAGCUUGUCUCGAGUGCCUGAUGGGUGGGGUUUGCACUAUUCCAUUGGUUCCGUUAUGCCAGGCAAGCUCAAUUAAGCGAGUCUCCACAAGCAAAAUAUAAUAAGGAAUUUCAUAGAUUAGUCAUAAUUGAUUGGAUUUAUAAAGCGCUUUUCGAGAUGCUCAAAGCUCUUUACAUAGUAAGGGGGAACUCGCCUCAUCCACCGCUAUUGUGAAGCACCCAGCUGGAGUAUUAUGGCUCUCUGUGCAGCCAGUGAUGUACUGUUUGGUUGUUGUGUCUGCCUGUACAGGUGUAUGGCAUCUUCUUUGCCACCUCCUUUUUGGACCUGUACCGCAGCCCUCGCAGUGUGUACACCAGCGCUAGCAGCCGGACUGUCACCGUGGACAGUGAUGAGCAGUACCUGUUCCUCGUGAGUUCACCCCCUAUUCCUCUUCACCCUAAAUCCGCUCAGUUAACCUAUGUGUACAUUUUGGAUUCUAAAGAACAAUAUUUCAAUGUGUGUGUGUGCUUAUUCAUGUGUGUGUGACAGGUACGGGCCAUCUCUCCCUACCUGGGCCCUCCCUCUGAGUCUGCGGUGGUUAAGAUGAUUCCUAACGAGCGGCUGCCUCCUCGUAACCUGCACAAGGUGCGCGUUGAGAAGACUCAGGCUACAUUGAAGUGGCAGCCUCCCUACGACUCCCCCAGCACCCCUCUGGUACGACCAUCCUCACACACCCUCGAGCGUCAGCUCUUUCCAAUACAUCUUGUCUGGUUCAUGGGUUAAAGUGAUAGUUCACUUUUUUGAAGUUAGUUGAAGCUUAAACUUCAAAACAGACCCAAAGUGUGGAUUGCAGUCUCUCCUUGUCCAUAGACUUCUUUCAGUGUAAGGAAACUUUGUUUUAAAAUUGAGUGAACUAUCCCUUAAAUAAAGCCUCUCAAAAUCUGACCGCUAGGGCCUUGAACACCUGGCCAGGUAAUAUACAGUACACCUGUACUACUGAUAUAAUAGCAUGAACAAUUGUCCCACACAAGGGCGCCUGUAGACCGAACCAUAAACCUGUGUGUCCAUGUCUGGAUCUCAAAUGACACCCUAUUCCUUUUUAAGUGCACUACUUUUGCCCAGGGCUCUGGUCAUUAGGGUGCCAUUUUGGAUGCAACACAUGUCUGUCAUUUAUUGUUAUUUUGUUGUAUUAUUUUAUUACUGUUGAGAUUGUUAAAUGCACUUUCAAUAAAGUUUGAUUUGGACGUGUCUGUCCCGUGCAGACGUACGCGCUGCACCUGAAGGACGUGGUGCGUAAGACGGAGAGCAGCUACAAGCUGACCACCCAGAACAACACGGUGGAGUACUGCCUCAAGGGCCUGGAGCCCGGCGGACACUACAGCGUCACCGUCCGCCUGCGCAACAUGAGCAAGGAGGCCAGCUCCACGCUCAACACAAGUACGGGCCAGCUUAUGUCCCGGGGACGGGCGUGUUCCAGGUCAUCUUUAUUGCAGUCGACGAUCCGUUUUUUUCCCCCUUCAAUGCCCGGAGAAGCGUUAAAACAUCUCACGGGCCAUGUGAAUGUGAUGUAGCGAUCUUCUGGGAUGUGCAGCCCGACUGCAAUAUAGAUAGACAACAUGGAACGCGCCCACCACCUGUUAUGUAGUGGCUGGGGACUAGUAUUAACAGAUCUGGGGAGACCACAUUCAAAACCCAAUGGGGAUUGUUUUAACAUGAACCUGAAUGUAUGUUGUUCAAGUUGUUUCCUUCUUCUCUGUGUGGACAUAGUGCCCCUGCCUGCUCCAGAGGCUCUGAAGAUACUGACGGAGAAAGACCAUGUGAUCCUCUUCUGGAAGAGUUUGGCCGUGAAGGAGAGGACCUUCAAUGAGAGCAGGGUGUGGGACACACACACACACACACACAGCUGUCUCUCUCUGACCUCACUGUCUUUUAUUUCCUCUGAUAUUCACCAUUUAAUGUCUGUCUGUCUGUCUGUCUGUAUUUCUCUGUCUAUCUACACAUUUGUGCACAUCCGUGCUCGGUGUCUCUCCGCAGGGCUACGAGGUGCACAUGUACGACAGCCUGUCCAACUCCACCGUGCUCCUGGGUAACACCACGGAGACCUUCUUCCGGAUCAGCAGCCUGCUGGCGGGCCACAACUACACCUUCUUCGUCCAGGCCCGCUGCCUGCUCAACGGACAGCUGUGUGGUGAGCACGCCCUGCUGCUCUACGACCAGCUGGGACAAGGUGAGAGGGGGAGGGGAGGAUGGGAAGUUACGGGACAGAUUUACUAAGAACAUGCAUCAAUCCUAAACGUCGGUUUCAGUAACAAUGUGUGGUGACAUUCAUACAACAGAAGUAUGAGGUAGCACACUCAAUUGAUGGAUAUGAUGAUCGUUUUCCAUGUUAAUCUUACUUCGUUAAUCGACUUUGUGAGAUAAAAGUAUAUAAAGAAUCUCUCAUAAUGGCACCCUCUUGUGCUGUAUGCACAAUGUCAAUCACGUCAGUCAGUGAAUGACACUCACCAGGUGUACUUCUGCCUCCCUCCCCCUUCCCUGCAGAUCCCAGUGAUGCGGCGCGGAGCUCGGGCCAGUCAGGGGACAUGGCGGUAGUGGUGGUGCCGGUGCUGUUCCUGCUGCUGCUGGGGCUGUGUGGGGGCCUGGUGGUCCUGUACCUGAGGCACCGCCGCCUGCAGAACAACUUCACCGCCUUCGCCAACAGCCACUACAACUCCCGCCUGGGCUCGGCCAUCUUCUCCUCAGGGGACGAGCUCGGUAAGACUCCUUGGUUUAGUUCUAUAUCGAAGUAGCUUGAUGUUACUGUUGACUUUGACUGUGUGUGAUGGUUGCUAACGUAGCCCGAUGUUAUCAGUCUACACUGUGUUGAACUUGAACCACGUUGUCUUUAUUUGUGAACUAGCACAUAGAGUAUCCCUUUCUACCUCCCAUCUGAUUUGGCACGGAUUUUGAUCAAUCAUUUCUAGGGCCCAGAGUUUCUCCUGACCGUGUGACCUGACCAAAAAAACUCUGGGCCCCAGUUUAAGGCUGUGCUACUAGGGACCGUAGUUUGUCUUUGUCAGGUCCCAUCGUCCGGAGAAACUCCUGGCCCCACUCAUUUCUCAUGGGGAUGACCAGGAUCAUAAACCACAUUUUUGCAUGAUCCGUUCUGAUGCAACUAUCAUGUUAUUUUUCCCUCCUCCCUUCAACUCUCCUUUCCCCUUCCUCCUUAAAGGUGAUGAUGACGAAGACGCCCCCAUGAUCAGCGGCUUCUCAGACGACGUUCCCAUGGUGAUUGCGUAGCGGGACCACCCCUUCACCUCUUCUUCUCCUCCUCCCUAUCACUCUAUUACCACACUCUGCCCUGCCUGUCCCAACCCGUCACCUACGCGCCGGUGCCCAUGUGAACACGACAAGAAAGAAGGUGCGCCAACACUUUCGUCAACCCAACCCCCUCCGAGAAAAAAAAGUCUUAUACGAUUCAGGAUCAAAGGAAGAAAAAGUGAAACGCAACGAGAGAUAUUUUUAAAAGAAAAAUACGAUGCACUUUUUUAGGAUGCGCAAUAACUUAUUUUUUUAUACAUAAUAUAUAUAUAUAUAUAUCGGUUAAAGGACUUUGUUGGGCUGGAACUGAUGCUAACUGUGAAGGAUUAUGAGUUUGUCAGGCGUGUCACGUGUUGGAGUAGUUCGGAGAAAAUACCCUUUUGAACUACAAACUCACUCCAUAAAGAACAGUUCAUUGCUUGAAGCCAAAAUAAGCACCUAGCAACUGGAACAUCCAAUGCAGAAAAAACACACAUAAGGAAAGAAAAUAUACACCUAAUACUGUAUAUGUAAAAAAUAUUAUAAUAACCAAGAAAUGCUUAAUAAAGGGAGUGAGGAACACAAGCUCUUGACACAGCAUAAAUUAACCCAGGAACAAGUCUUUAUGGUAUUUAUUCAUGAUUUGUCUCACUUUAAAGACUAUACUAUUUGCCCAUGGUACGUUGUUUACAGUGUCUGUACUGAAAUCGAUCUGAAUAUGUGGCUGUCUGUUCCAAUGAGAUCACUUUAAUCCAGGGGCGCAACUUUCACUGGGGACGGGUCCCCCCCAGUUUUAUCAUUAGAAUGUGAUACAAAAAAAGGCAACAGUGUGCUUUAGGACCAUGCGGAUGCCUCCGAGCUGUCGGGUAGGCUGUUUGGAGUGUCUAUCCGACUGGAUAAACAAAACAAAAAAAAGUUAUGUCCCCCCCCCACUUCUAAAACCAAAGU